AUGUCAGUCACUGUUACCGCGCAGAUCGUUGACGUCGCUAGCCUCAUCCCUAGCACAGUUUCCCCCGCCGAAGAAGAGAAACUCUUUCUGCCUGGGGUUUUUGAGCAGGUGGACGUUGCUGGUUUUGACCGCGACCACGACCACGAUUGGCCCCUCCCCCUUGAGAGCGAUGUUUUCCGAUCUAUGCUGUACCAAUUCACGAUCUUCUCGCACGGCUACGAUAUCUUUCGCAAGCAAGACUGGGUUGAAUUUACACAGAACCUGCAGCGCUUGCUCCGAUACCUGAUCAGUGGAGAGGCAAAGGCCGGCGGAAUCCGGGCUUGCUUGAAGGCGAACUCUAGCCUGGCAUGA